CAAACACUGCGCAUUUUUGUCUGACUUUCAUCGAAUGUGCUUCAUCUCCACUCGUMCUGAACACUAACGAAUAGACUGUUAAACUACGAGGUAUUCUGUCUAGCUACUUGUUCGCAGGGACUAGAAGAUCUUCAUAUCUGACUCUACAGACAUGAAUCACAAGUGCAUCGUUCGGACAUUGGCUACAGUUGCUAUUUUACUCUUGGUGGUGAAAGAGAGCAGAGAAAGUGACCUAGACCCCUCUGGACAAAACGUGUGUUCUGAGGCUAGAACAAGGCCAGUCCAACAUUUUUUUAUAAAUGUUAACUGCUGGGAUUACUUUCCAUGGCCAAGUAAUUUUUGCGAUGGUAAACCUCAUUUGAGCUACAAAAUUGAAAAACCGGAAGAGACUUACACUCACUACCACUGUUGUCCAGGAUGGCUAAAACGUGGACGUCACUGCUCAAUACGUAAUGUGUUAUGAUAAUAGAGAGGUUUUUGCAUGGGUGGGAAACGAUACGGGGAAAAGACAAUUUUCGAUUUCCAAAUUAUAGCAAUGUUCCUUGAUUGCAUACUCAGUUACUCAGGGUUACCCUCAAAUCAUUACCAAAAGUAAAGAAUUCACAACUUCAAACAUGAAUAUUCUGCGCAAAAUUGUUGCUAAACUGUAUUGUUUAUUACCUCAAUUGCAUCUACUCUUUGUGAUUYGUAGAAUUACUUAAAGAAAAGGUGAAGCAAAAAUAAUGUUAUGGUUUGUCAUUCCGUGCCCGUGCUGUAAGUCAGUACCCUAUGUUUACCCUCAUAUGAAAAUCGUCCAACAUAUCAUCUUACGGUACUUUCAACUGACAUGAGUAAUGCAUUUAUCUUGAUUGUCUAAUUAGUGCUUAUUAUGUUGCAUGGUUAGAGUGUUUUACUCGUGCCAUGUCCUGGUAUAGAGACAUUUUUACUAUAAGGCAGUUAAAAUAAAUAGAUAAAAAAUAAAUAAAAUACAUUGCAUUUAACAGUGGCCUAUCCUCACAGUGGCUUCUCUACCACUAAAACUCAAUUGGAAUUUUUAACUUUUGCUUCUUUACGGAGGGAGGGGAAACGUUGAAAUCUGAAAACCCUCGAAGCACAGGAAAGAACCAACAAUCAACUCUACUCACAUACGAUGCCGAGACCCAGGCUACAUGCGCUCUCACUGAUACGCCGUCCUUAUCCUUAUCUCUAUCCUUAUUCAAUAUCUCCUUGCCAUUUUUUCUGUUUUGUUUUGUUUUGUUUUCUUUUUUUCGUAUAGGUAACCCUUGUCUCAAAGGAAGAGAAAACUGCACCGAUUUUCCAAUCAACCACGUUCCUGAGCCAUCUGUGUCAUACCGUAAUGACUCUGCUGUGCCCAAGAUGGAGAUGGUUUGCAGUUUUGACUUUCCUGUGUGGAGGAACGUCUCAUACCUGGUUGAAUGGUAUGGAAGAUCAACUAAACCUGUCAAGAAGGACAUGUGGUGUGUUCCAGACCAGCCAGCAGAUGCUCAGAAUGAUUGUACACGAAGGCAAAGUUCCAUUGUACUUCCAGAUCACUUUGCAUUAGGCGACACGGUGUAGUGCAAAAUUUUCAUGAAGUUCUCUACAAAAAAGACAAAUAAAUGGACAGCAACAGGAAAAGACAGUAAUCAUUAUUACGUAGGAAUCGAGGUUUCUCCACGUCACGUGAUUGUCAAAGAAUGCAACGUAGCAGAGAACAUAACAGUUACCUUAAGACCAACUGUUCCUAUUUUACCCACAAUGAAUGUCCCUGGAUCUGACAGCGUAGUAGUGUCUGUGUUGAUACCCCAAAAGUACAAAGCACAAAGAAGACAAGCUGCAGUUGACAAAUGCCAAGUUGAACUGAAGACACAAGACAUAACUCGUGGUAAAACAAUCACGAUUAGAGGAAUCUGUGACAACCAACAAGAUCAAAGACAAAGCUUCUCCUUUCGUUUCAAACCGCAUACUACAAGCACUAGGUGGUCAGAUGUGGUUAACUAUCAAAUGCCAGCUGUCAAGGUUACAGUGGAUAACACAGAAACACGAUUGUGACUAACUACCACCGAUCCUAAUUCAUUUACAUUUGACAAAAGAAAAUAUUUCUAUAACGAGUUGGGUGAUUACGUCAUGUAUAGCAACCAAGCCAAGAAAGUACAGGUAAUUCUGUCUUCGGGUAUCAGAGUCUCAGUAAAACGUUCUGGAAGGUCACUGGAUGUUCGUAUCAAUGCACCAUCUACUGACAAGGGAAAAGUCUUGGGGCUUUGUGAUAACUUUAAUGACGAUCGGGAAGACGAUUGGAACAAAGGAGGUGAUGGUAAACCUCAUGAUGAUGAAAAACAAUUUGCAGCAAGCUGGCGUCUUAAAGAAGGGAAGAGCUUUUUUGAGGUUCUCCCUGAACAAGAACUUGAAGAACAAGUUGAACAAGGGAGAUCCUGCUAUUGUGGCAUCGAAGGUGAAACAACACAGGAUGAAAGAUGUGAUGACAACGCAAACCUUUUCACAAGAAUCGACGCUACUCAGAUAAAAGUACUUAAUACUCAAAUAAAUGACCAAUUACAGUUUGGCAUGAAAAGAUCUGUAGACAGUCACUGGUAUAGUGAUGACAUCAUUGAUCACGUGGAACGUAGCUACUAUGCGGAUGAUCCUCAUGUACAACUCGCUGUAAACCGCAUACGAAGCAAGAGAUCACCAAGAGAAGUCAUACCAGAAGAUGAGGCAACCCAGUAUUGUAAAACGCAUAUCCAAGAAACAAAAGCAGGAAAGGCAUGCAAGGAGUUCUCGGAAACCAACUUGAAAAAUGCAAUGAUACAGUGUGUCAACGACCUAAAGCUGUCAGGAGACAAGACAUUUGCAGUGUUGGCAUUUGACACCAUGAAGUACAUAUGUGAAGAUACCUCAUUAAAGAACCUUUCACUCUACACUCAUACUSCGAGKGGUGACUUAAUGCCUCCCAGAGAGGUAGUAAAAGACUUGUGUCCUGCAGACUGUAGUGGACGUGGCAAGUGUAAGAACAGAACCUGUAUAUGUGAVGAAGGCUAUACUGCACUGGACUGUUCCAUGAAGGUUAAUUCAGUUCCUGAGUUGUUGGGGAUUUACGAUAGUGGACUCUGUGAUGUACGAGAACGACCAUGUAAAAGAACAAAUAUCUUGGGUCAGAAYUUUAUCAAAUCGGAGAACCUAACAUGCCAUGUACAGGAWGAARAGGUUUACCCAGGUACCUGGUCUCCUCGUGGAAUUCCUGUCACAUCACAAGGGAAAAUGACGGAUCUGUUUGGUGUUCAGUGCAACCUGCCUGAGCCACCAACUAGACUUGGUGACUACAAACACGAGGGUACCCCGGCUGGGGGACUUAUGAUCUCGGUUUCCAACGAUGGAUUCACUACUAGUGUUCAACGACUGCGACAUGUGACUUACGAUUCAAAGUGCAUGAACUGCAGUAAAUCAGGAAAAUGUGAAUUUAAGGUACGUAUUUAAYUGUCGAUGAGGUAA